AGAUUGUACCAAAAAAAAUCAAUGUUUGAAGACUAGUAUAAAGACUCAAGUGUACGAAAACAACAGAGACAUUUUCACAAACACUUGGAACACACGCAACAAAGUAUGCUACCAUUGAAACAUGUAGUAACCAAAUUCAAAUCCCUAUUUUCUUCUUCCACUUCAAUCCUCACUCACUAUGCAUCUUUUACUUCUACACCUUCAUUCUCCAUCACCCAAAACGACGUCGCUUCCACUUUCAAAACCUGGUUUCAAACCCGCCACAAUUACCACGACCCUCUCCUUCUUCAAAUCUACAAAAUCCUCUCUUCCGGCGGCGACGAUUUCUCAUCUUCUCUUUCCUCCCUUUCACUUCCCCUCACUCCAGAAUUUGUCAUCAGUGUCCUCCGUCAUGGCGGCGACAACAAUGACAUCCAAUCCUGCGUCAAAUUCUUUGAUUGGGCUGGUCGUCAACCUCGUUUCCAUCACACUCGCGCCACUUUCGUUGCCAUUUUCCGUAUCCUAACACACGCUGAUCACAUUCCUUGUGUUGUUGACUUCCUUCAAAAGUUUCGCGAACGUGUUGUCGCUCAUAGGGUUCGUUUUAAUGAUACCCUUGUUGUUGGUUAUGCUAUUGCUGGUAAACUUGACAUUGCACUCCAAGUGUUUGGUAAAAUGUGUUUUCAAGGUCUUGACUUGGAUACCUUUGGUUACCAUAUUUUACUCAAUGCUCUUGCUGAGGAUAAUUAUUUUAAUGCUUUUAAUAUGAUUCUCAAUCAGAUUCGCGUUAGGGGUUAUGCGACAAAUGUUACUGAUGCUAUUGUUGUUAAGUUUAUGUGUAAGCAGGGUAGGUUGGAUGAGGCUGAAGAUUAUCUUAACGGUUUGUUGGGUAGUGGGAAAAAGUUGCGUGGUUCUGAGGUGGGUUUUCUUGUUGGUUCAUUGUGUGAGAGGAAUAGGUUCGAGCAUGCGGUUGAGUUGGUUAAGGAAUUUGGGAAUUCAGGGUUGGUUCCUAUGGAACAUGCUUAUGGUGUUUGUGUAAAGGGUCUUGUGAAUGGCGGUAGGUUGGAUGAGGCUUUGGGGUUUUUUAGGCAGAAGAGAGAUUCUGGAGGGUAUGUUCCUGGUUCUCCUAGGUAUAACAUGUUGAUUUGUAGGCUUUUGAGGGAGAGUCGACUUCAUGAGGUCUAUGAUUUGUUGAUGGAUAUGAAUGAGUCUUGUAUUCCACCUGAUAUGGUUACCAUGAAUGCUGUUUUGUGCUUCUUUUGCAAAACUGGGAUGGUAGAUGUUGCGCUCCAAUUGUACAAAUCCAGGUCUCAGUUUGGACUGAAUCCGAAUCAAAUGGCUUAUAAGUAUUUGAUACUUACUCUGUGUUGGGAUGGAAGUGUUAAGGAGGCGUACAGUGUUCUCAAAAGUUCUAUCGGUAAUGGUCUUUUUCUUGAUACACAAACCUUUACCACGCUUGCCAGUGCUUUGUGUAGAGAGCGCAAGGUUGAUGAGAUGAAGGAGCUGAUCCAUCUUGCCGUGGAACGGGGUUUUACACCAAGCGCUGUCACGUAUGACAAGUUUAUAUCGGCUCUGUGCCAAGCUGGAAGAGUAGAAGAUGGUUAUUUGAUUCACGGGGAGCUUAACAAUGCAACUUGUGGACUGUCUUACUCUAAGAUGAUUAAGGGUUUUAUUAAGUCAAAGAAGGGGGACAUUGCUGCUCGACUUCUGGUUGAAAUGAAAGAGAAACAUUUUGAACUGACGCGACCCUUGUACAGAGCUGUUAUUUGCAGUUUACUUGAUAUGGAUAAUCCAAUACGACGCGUUUUAUAUUUAUUGGAUAUGCUGACUCACGGUAAACCUGAUAUUCAGAUUUUCAACUUUUUCAUUGAUGGGGCUGUGCAUGCCAAUAAACCAGAUUUGGCCAGGGAAUUAUAUGACUUGAUGGUAAGGUGUAACAUUGUGCCCACUAUUAUUUCUCAAGCUCUUGUGUUGAUUAGUUAUUUGAAAAGCGGAAGGAUACAUUAUGCUUUGAAAUUCUUUGAUAGUCUUCGGCGCCAGGGUGUGGUGAGUAAAAAAUUAUACACAUCCAUGGUUAUUGGUCUCUGCAAGAACAAUAAGGCUGACAUUGCACGUGAUUUCUUGUUUGAAAUGUUAAACGCUAAAUUAAAUCCAGGCAUUGAAUGCUAUGAGAGUCUUGUGCAGAAACUUUGCUCAUUGAAAAGAUAUGAUGAAGCGAUAAAUCUUGUUCAAGUGUAUAUGAAAAGAGGACGUCGAUUAACUUCUUUUCUUGGUAACAUAUUUCUUUGUCAUUCUUUGACGUCGCCGGAUGUCUAUGAUAUAUGUGUUCAAAUAGGAAGAGCGGAAGAGGGAGAAAGUUCUCCUAUUUCUACACUGAGCUUUGUCAUUGGUGCAUUUUCUGGUCGUCUCAGAGUAAACCGGUCUAUCGAGGAACUGGAGGAAUUAAUAGCGAUGUGCUUUCCGCUUGAUACGUACACCUACAAUCUGUUGCUGAGAAGAAUAACCAAUUAUGAUAUGAACCAAGCUUGUGAGUUGGUUAAUAGGAUAUGUCAAAGGGGUUAUGAGCCUAAUGAUUGGACGUAUAAUAUUAUGGUAGAUGGUUUCAAAAAUCAUGGGAGAAAUGAUGAGGCUAAGCAGUGGGUCGAAGAAAUGCAUAAAAAAGGAUUUUAUCCAAUAGAGAACAAUAGAAGAAAUGUACGAUAAAAGUAUUUUAUCCAACGGAGUAUACUAACAUAUUCAUUUAAGGAGAAUCAAUUGACGUGUUAAAGAUGCGGAAGGGUUCAUAUAAUUUUGAUGGCAGAAAGCCACCAUUUUAGCCUGCCAGAAAAUGCAGUGGUGCCACCAUCCUUCACAAAUUGUCCACAGCGGUUGUAAAAAAUCCCGUCACCACAAUCAUCCAUGGCGUCGCCAUUGCCGAUAUCUUACAACAUUGCUGUCUUCUAUCUUUGCAAUCCUCUGCCAUGAUAGAAUAUCUCGUGUUUGAUGCGUUUUAUCUCGGCAAGUUGAGGAUGUGGUCAAAUUCCUCGAGAAAUGGAGUUCUCAUUGCAUAAAUGGUUGGGAGCUUCAUGCCAGUGCCAUAUAAGGAAUUUAAUUCAUACAUCAACCUUGCAAUUUGCCUCUGAGCUAUAUUCCUUGCAUUCUUCGUGAAAGCAUAAUUUAUAAUGCCUUUUCAUCAUUUGGCAAUAUUUAUUUUGUGCAUUUGUUAGAAGAUGUGAAAACAUAUUGUAAUACCUUGAUAUUAAAGUAUCUUAGAUUAUCUCAUAGGAUUAGUUUCUUGUAUUACAAUAUCUUAGACUACCACAUAACAUAAGAUUAAUUUUCAUAUUACUCUUAUUAUCAUGAUUUGUUUCCCUAUUUAAUUAAGAUUUUGAGUCUUGUAUUUGUAUAAAUAAGAAUUAUUGUUUAGUCUUUUUAUAUAAAAUAUCGAUCAUAUCUUAGCCAGCCUCCUCGACUACAAUAUUCUCUGCUUGCUAAUGCUAUUGGAGUUGUUUGCCUAAGAUUGUAUAGUCUGUUUUUUGUUUAAAAAAAUUUAUUAACAUUA